GGCUGGAUUUUUAGUAUUUUGAUCAUGAUCAAUGAUUGUUUUUUUUUCUUGAAUUGAAAAUCUCAAAAAAUCGAUGUUUUUGUUUGAAUUUUAGCUUCAUUUCAGUGUGGCAGAAAACUGCAAGUUGAUUUGAAGUGAUUGUGUGGUAUUGUGAUUUAAAGAAUAUGGGUGUAUGGCCAUAAGUAACUGACAUGGUAUAAUAGCUCAUGCCAUUUGGGUCCUUUUUUUUGGCACUGAAAAUGAAUUGAAAUUUGAUGAAUUCAAAUCAGUUUCCUGUAAGGAACUUGGAUAUGUUAGUUUGAAAUUUUCUUAGUUUGAUGUGUGAACAGUUCAUGUUGACCAAUGUUUUUUUAUUAAUAAUUCCUUUCUUUGUGUUUUAGCUCUCCCUAAGUCUUGCAAGCACCUACAAGUUCAAUUGGGAUUUGAAGUGUCUUUUGCAUUGAUGAUUUUAAAAAUAUGGAUAUGUUAAUUGGUUAUAAUCAUAGGAAAUUGAGCUGAUAUGAUAGCUCUGUUAUCUGGGUCUGUCCUUUUUUUUUUGGAAAAAAAUUUAUUAUUAUUUACUGCAAAUGAACUGAAUUUUUUUUGGUACCUGCAAGGAUUUUCAAUAAGGAAAUUGGAUUUGAUAGUUAAACUUUAUGAAUUUGGUAUGGCGAUUCAUUUUUCUCGGUUUUAUUAUUUAUUGAUUGUCAUCAAUGGUUUUUUUUUUCCAUUGUAAUGUUUGAAUUUUAGCUCUCUUGAACUCUUGCAAGAAACUCCAAGUUCAAUUGGGAUUUGAAGUUUCUGUAUGGUAUUGUUGAUUUUAAGAGUAAGGGUAGGAUCAAUAGACUAUGGCCACAAGAAAUUGAGAUGGUAUAAUUGCUCUCAAGUUCCCUCUUCGGUGCAUAGAGAGUGUUUUUUUACAUGUAAGCAUUUGUGGUUGUGUUGCUCAAUUUUUAAUAGGCUUAUUAUUUUUUUGGGAGACAGGAUAUUUAAGUUGUAGGUUUGAUCAGUUUGAUAUCAUACUCGCUUGGGAUUGUGUGAAUGAAGAAAGAAAGAAGAGGAUGGUUGUUAUCUUUAUUUUUAUCGGGCAUAUUUUUAUUUUUAUUUAUAGAAUUUAGGAUUUUUAAGUUGCAGGUAUGAUUAAUUUGAUAUUAUCAUAAGUUGGGAUUUGUGUGAUUGAAGAAACAAGAAGAUUGUUGUUGUGGUUAAGAUUACCUGCUAAAAAGGAGAAAAAAUAGUUGUUAUGUCCAAUUUUCAUCAGACUUUCAUUUUCCUUUUAGGAUGAAGGAUAUUUAAUUCAUGAGUUUGAUCAAUUUGAUAUCAUAGUUGGGAUUCAUGUGAUGGAAGAAAGAAGAAGAAGAAGAAGAUACUUUUUAGAAGAAUGUUUAAUAUAUAUUAAGCUUCUUAUCUUUUUAAGGAUGUAGGAUUUUUAGUUGUGGCUUUGAACAAUUUGCUACCAUGGCCAGCUGAGAUCUGUGUGAUUGAAGAAAGAAAAAAGAGGAAUGGGGCCAAGCUGCCAUUUUCCUUAACAGUAUAGUGCUUGAUGUAGAAUAGAAGUUGGAGUACGUCUUUUGUUGAUUUUUUUUCCCCUAAAGUUGUUUCCUAAAGUGGGAGGUGCUUUGUGGCAAAUCAUUUUGAGAAAAUAGAAUUCAAGUUGUGUGUUUGAUCAAUUUGAUGAAUUUGCUUAGUUAGGCUUUGGGUGAUUGAACAAAAUUUAGAAGAGGGAAUGAGGCUAUGGAGUCGUGUUCCUUAUCCAAAUGCUGCUUGGUGUAGGAAGAAGUGGAAAUGAAUCUUUCCUUGAAUUUUCUUUCCUUAAUAUUGAUUCCUUAGUUAGGAAGUGCUUUGCAAGAAAAAUCAUUUUGGGAGGGGUCCUUCAAUCCCUUGUAAAGGGGCUUCUCAAAUCCAAUCCAAUCUUUUGUUCACACACCAUACCACACCUAACCGCUUCCCCUCCUAGAUUUUUUUUUUCAUUUGAUUAGUAGGAGCUGGAGAUUUCUGAAGGGAUGCUAUGUGAAGACUGGAUAUUGAGUUGGUGAACAAUCUGCUCGUACAUUGCUCGGUGGAGAACGAUUUCUGAAGACUUAGUGAUUUGAUUUGUGCCAUUGGUUGUCAAGGAGAGAGUCUACUAAGUGUCAAGCAAGUGCUGCAUGGCUCUCCUCUCAAAAAAGCACUGCAUGGCCUUUGUUGGUGAUGUGGCAUAAAUGGAAGGAGAAGGGCCUGUACAGGUUCUUCAAAUACAUAAAAUCUUUGCUGGAGAUUAAUGACACAAUUUUCGAUGGUAGACCUGAAGAUCUCCCAUCGGCCAAUCAUAUCUUACAGGCCCAUACGGCCCUCUGAUCUGGAUGUUCUUGAGCAAAUCCAUGGCGAUGUGUUUCCUAUCAGAUAUGAAUCUGAGUUCUUCCAAAAUGUUGUCAAUGGACGGGAUAUUGUGUCUUGGGGAGCUGUUGACCGCAAUCGUUCUAAUGGUGAAAGUGAUGAAAUUAUUGGAUUUGUUACAGCACGGCUUGUUCUAGCAAAUGAAAGUGAGAUAGGGGAUAUGCUCCAAUGUGACUCAUCAAAAUCUGGUCAAACUCUAGUCUACAUUCUGACACUGGGAGUAGAGGAAACUUACAGAAAUCUUGGCAUAGCUUCUACACUUAUUCGGGAGGUUAUCAAAUAUGCUUCAAGUAUUCCUACAUGCCGAGGAGUUUAUUUGCACGUUAUUAGUUACAACAAUCCUGCCAUUCAUUUUUAUAAGAAAAUGUUAUUCAAGUGUGUGCGAAGGCUGCAUGAUUUUUACUUCAUCAAUGGUCAGCAUUAUGAUUCAUACUUAUUCGUUUACUAUGUAAAUGGCGGUCGAUCUCCAUGCUCACCAUUAGAGCUUGUCACGGUUGUUGUGACAUGCAUGAGGAACGGGCUUAAGUCAGUGGCUGCAAGGCUAUGGAAGAAUGACGAUAAAUCGCCAAAAUGGUCCAAAUGUAAAGAAAGUUGGGGCCUUAUGAGGACAACACAAUCGAAGAGAGUCCUCACACCCGAGGGUAGUGGGUGUGAGUGUGUUUAGUAUGUUCUUUUCUCUUCCCCUUUAUCUCUAUUAACUCCUAGCUAGAAACCAUGAAAUAAUCUCCCACUGCAAUAACUUUUUCGUUCUUAGUUGAAGGGUGAUUUGGAUCUGUCUCUGUUUGUAUAAGUUUCUCUUCACCAAUAAAACUCAUUAGGAUGUAUCAUUUUUUUCUGGUGUAAAAAAAGACGGUUUGAUCUCACUUGAAACAAA